GCACGACUACGAACGGCAGCCAUCUUUGUAUCUAACGUUUUGGCUUGGCGCCUUUCCUGUGUUCGUUGCUCACUGUCUGUAGUGGUCAUAGUGUGUUACACGUUUCAAAAUGGCUGGCGGUAAAGCGGGUAAAGAUUCGGGUAAAGCCAAGGCGAAAGCGGUAUCCAGAUCAGCAAGGGCUGGGCUUCAGUUUCCCGUUGGAAGAAUUCACAGACAUCUUAAAAAUCGGACAACUAGUCAUGGACGUGUCGGUGCUACAGCAGCAGUUUAUUCUGCAGCUAUUCUGGAAUAUCUUACGGCUGAGGUAUUGGAGUUGGCGGGAAACGCUUCCAAAGAUCUCAAAGUGAAGCGCAUCACCCCGCGUCACUUGCAGCUUGCUAUAAGAGGAGACGAAGAACUAGACAGCUUGAUCAAAGCAACUAUUGCAGGCGGUGGAGUCAUCCCUCACAUACACAAGUCCCUCAUUGGCAAGAAGGGAGGCCCUGGCGCACCAGUUUAAUUUAAGGCUAUCUUCAAGACAAUAUUUGCUGCAUUUGACUCCGGGCAUGUUUUCUAUGAAACUAAUCAGCUGAUUGACAUAGUUUUCAAGAGUUAGUGAUGUGACAGUGGAGUGUUUCCUGGGAACUGUUGGGUCCGGACUAAAUCGUUUAGUAGUUCAUAAGUACUAGAAAUAUUUUAGUGUUAAGGAGAUUUAAAAUGAUUGUAGAAUUAAGUUUAAUUUUCUUGUUUGUUUCAAUGACAUAUUUUUGUAAACCAUUGACUAUUACUAUGACAUGUUAAAAUUAUUUUGCUACCAGUUUCCGUUGUACUAUAUGGUUGUCUGCGAAUGCCUCAGAGGCUGGUGCAUCUUAAUUUUUAGUUUAAAUAGAUGUGCAAACUUAAUUCAUAAUUUGUUUGAAGCUGUAAGCUGUUGUAAUUUUUUUUUUGCAGCAUUUUAUAUAAUUGUAAUUUGGUAUGAUUGAACUGUUAAAAGUUGUAAGAAAUGUAUUUUGGUCUUUGAAAUAUAUUGAGAAAGCACUGA